UUAAUAAAAGAAAUUAUUUAAAAAAAACUUACCCUGCGCAUACGCACGGAUUAUCAUCUACUUUUCAUUAUGUGGUGGUGGACCUUCAAAAAGUCAGCUAAGCAUAAAACUAGUUUAUCAUAUUGUAAUUUCCCGCAAGCAAUUAUGUUGAAAACCUUCGCAGAUAAAGUUAAUUAGCAUAGAACAAUGAUCACACAAAGAACCACUAUCUAUCAAUUUAAGGUUCAAUAGAAUAUACAAGAAAAGUAAAACAGAAUUUUAAAAUUCAACCCACUUCUAGUUUUAACGCCUCAAGUAUUCAUUGGAUUGAUGGAUUCUUUGGGAUUUGGAUGUCUUGAUUAGCUCGAGAUAUGCAUGGUCAUUUGAUAUUUAAUUAAUAAGUGCGAAUUAAUAUAACGUCCAACCAAUAACAAAUGGCCAAACAAAUGUCACAUACUCUUCCAGUUUCUCGUUAAGCGUCACAUUAACAUUUUUCACACAGACUAAAAAAGUAACGGAAAUAUAUGAAAAUUGUUAUUAAUUACAUCUUUUUGACCAAUAGUAUUUGAGAUAAAUAAAAUUAUUUAUAAAAUUAAAACAGUUUGUAAUUAAUUAUCAACUGAAAGUAAGUAUAAUUUGCAUUAAAAUUGUAAAAUAACACUUUUUGUAAAAAGCUAAAAUGACACUUAUAAUGAAACAGGUGGAAUAUAAUCUAAUAAUAAAAUAUAUAAUGUAUAAAAAUAAAAUAUCAUUGAUUUGUUGCCCUUUUGUUUACUUAUACAUAAUAAUUGAUUAAAAUAAAAUUUGUAUUAUUUUAUCAAACUACCAAUAGUAGAAACAAGAGAUAUGAUAUAUUUAGACAACGUUUUGCAAUUUCUAUCAACUGAGAAAGCAAAGAUGGAAAUUGUCUCAGAAAACCUGUUCUUGUCAUUUUGCUUUAUCCUAUCAUGUUUCUUUAUUUUUACCACCGUAAGAUUCCGACAGAGCUCUACCCGAUCCACCAUGCUUCCUCCUGGACCUCCACGGUUACCGCUCAUAGGUAACAUUCACCAAGUCGGUAAACUCCCACACCGUUCAUUCACGGACCUCUCAAGAACAUAUGGACCAAUCAUGCAUCUAAAGUUUGGACGUUUAAACACAGUUAUCGUAACUUCACCAGAAGCUGCAAGAGAGGUUCUAAAAAGACACGAUCAAACCUUGUCUGGCCGUAACUCUCCUAACUCGAUACGGUCCAUUAAUCACCAAAACGUUUCUGUGGCAUGGAUUCAUCCGUCAACGGCCCGUUGGAGACUGUUGAGAAAGCUGUCGGCUACUCACAUGUUCUCGCCGCAGCGUAUUGAAGCCACUAAAGCUCUGCGGAUGAAAAAGGUGCAAGAGCUCAUGAGCUUCAUGGAUGAAAGCAGCGAGAGAGAAGAAGCUGUUGACAUUUCUCGUGCAUCUUUCAUCACAACACUUAAUAUCAUAUCGAACAUUAUAUUCUCGGUUGAUCUCUGUAGCUACGGCUCGGAAAUUUCAAAUGGAUUUCAUGACUCAGUUAUUGGAGGCAUGGAAGCUGCUGGGAGUCCAGACCUUGCUAACUUCUUCCCGUUUCUUGGGUUUCUUGAUCUGCAAGGUAAUAGCAAGAGGAUGAAGUUCUGUACAGAGAGGUUGUUUAAGGUUUUCCGAGGGUUCAUCGAUAUUAAAACUGCGGAAAAAUCGUUGCGGAAUGAUCCAAAAGAUGCUUCCAAUAGAGAUUUUUUGGAUGCGCUUCUUGAUCUCACCGUAGGGGAUGAAGCCGAACUCGACAAUAAUGAUAUUGAACACCUUCUCUUGGAUAUGUUUAUAGCAGGCACAGACACAAGCUCUAAUACCGUAGAAUGGGCAAUGGCAGAGUUACUUACUAACCCUAAAACUAUGGUGAAAGCUCAAUCCGAGAUCCAACGUAUCAUAGGCCAAAACGGGUUCGUUCAAGAGCCUGAUAUCUCAGAAUUGCCCUAUAUACAAGCGGUUGUGAAAGAAACUUUGCGUUUGCACCCAGCUGUUCCUCUUCUCCUCCCACGGAAAGCGGAAAAGGACGUAGAGGUGUUUGGAUACCUUGUCCCUAAAGAUGCUCAGGUUUUGGUGAACGUAUGGGCAAUAGGACGAGACCCAAACGUGUGGGAGAAUCCGACCCAGUUUGAGCCAGACAGGUUUUUGGGGGAAGAAAUUGAUGUGAAAGGUAGAGACUAUGAGUUAACACCGUUUGGGGCCGGAAGAAGAAUUUGUCCAGGAUUGCCUUUGGCUGUGAAGAUGGUAUCCCUUAUGCUCGUUUCUCUUCUUUAUUCCUUUGACUGGAAGCUUCCAAACACCGUCGACAUGGAGGAAACCUUUGGUAUUACCUUGCACAAGGCCAACCCGUUACAUGUUGUUCCUGUUAAAAAAAAUCGUCACUAGUUGAAACAUUGAAUGCUUUUUUCUUGGUUAGUAAUGUUGAUGUAUUGAAAAUUUGAAGUUUGUUUUUGUCAUAUUAUAUAUUAUUUAUCUUAUGAAUGAAUGAAUAUCACAAACCAUACAACUAUUGACCUGAUUACUAGAAUAAAAGCAAAAUUCAUCUCAUUUCUCAAACGCUCUUUUCUCAAUUGUAAUUUAUAAGAUUUCUUCUCACAAGGAUCUUAUGAUAAGGUGGCUAAGGUCUGAAGAAUGUUAGGCAUCCAUAAUGAUAUUGGGACUUAGUUAUAUCUGUAGGGUAAA